UGGACUUCUGGAGUUAACGUAUUGGUUUUAUUAAGCUACGAAAUACAUGAAAAACCAGAUUUGAGAGACAUUAACUGAUCGAUUAAUGCAAACACGGAUAUGACAAGUAAUGUUCAGAGUUAUGAAAGAUAAGUUUGUUCUAAGUGUGUAACGAUCAUAAGGCUGUCGCCAAGAGUGCUGAAAACACUCAAAACUUUAUCAAGAAUUAGUGAUAACGUCAUCUCAAUAUACAUGUUAUGAUAUGGAUACUCAGUAAUAAACACGACAUUGACAUUCGAAUCGUAGAUACUUUGGAUUGACAAUGCAACGGAGAUGGACCUAUCGUAAUUAAAUACUUCAGUGCGAUAUACCCUGAAUCGGAGACAUAUAAAACUGUCAGUUUAUAUGUCCCUGCCUGAACAAAGUAAGGAAACUUAAAAUCAGCCUACACAAGAGAGAGAGGGAACAAUUAAAGAGUAGAUAGGACACAAAACGUUUUUGACAUAAAGAGUGGCUUAUGCUAUGUUAAAAGAUGCCUCGGAGACAAGACCCAAGAGUUAAGAGUAUUCCAAAGUGCGUCCAGGCGCUUUCCAUUACAGACGCCAUCUCUAAAGGAUACUUCCAACAAGUCAGAUUCCUCAUCGAGUAUGGAGCGAAUGUCAACGAGCGAGACAUGGAUGGGAGAACGCCUCUUAUGCUCUGUGCACUUGUUGACAAUGAGGAAUGGGGAGUUGGCAUUGCUAGAACACUAUUAGAGAAAGGUGCCUAUGUUGGAUAUAGAGAUAAAAUGGGUCUGAAUGCGAUGCAUUAUGCCUGUAUAUAUGAAAGAGCAAUCCUUGUUGAUACGUUCUUUAAUGCAAUAGACUUUGAUCUGAAUCAGGGCGAUCGCAAGGGUAACACCGCCUUGUUCUAUGCAGUUACCGCCAACAAUGAAACAGUUGUGGAGAAUAUUGUUAAAACAUUGUGCAGGUACAAAAUGACACUGGACAAAAAGAACAACCAAGGCAUAACGCCUCUAAUACAAGCCUGGAAAUCGGGGCACGUAGUUUGUGCAGGUUUGCUCCUACAAAAUGGCGCAGAUGAGACUAUCAAAGAUGGCCUCGAAAACAAAUCUGCCAGAGAGUGGGAAAUGGAAUUUACGUCUAAACAAAGUCGGCGGCAGAGCUCUGCCUCAACAUCCACAUCAGGCUCACGAGCAAUGCUGAAACGCCCAUCGUCUGCCCCGUCUCUCUUGCGUCGUUCUAGACCCAAAUCAGCCUCCGCUCGCAUCGUCUUCAGACGUGGAUUGUAUAAGGAAAUCGCGGAUGAAACUAGUAACCCCACGCCAACUAAGAAUAAGGAUGCUAUCAUACGUAGCGCGAGCCUUUCUGACCUUAAAAACAAUCCAGAGUAUCUGUUCAAUACAAACCCAGUUGAGUGUUUUUCAAAUCCCAUAUCAACGGGAUAUCCAAGGAUAGGCACAGCUCGAGAGCGAAUAAGACUUAUGAAAAUAAAUUCAGCUCCAGAUAAAAUUAAUGUUACUUGGAAGAAAGAGAUGAAAAUACUUUAUAACGAAUUCGAAUUUCAAAUCACUCCUUCUUAUCGCGGAGCUGCUAAACCACCCCCUCCACCACCCGAAGACGAUGAGCUCUUAGAUGCAGAAGAAAAUGGAGAGAAGAAACCUGGUAGAAAGAUAUCCGAUGGCAAGCCACCGAUCCAUCCACACGCUGAGCUGAAACGACGCCAAUCCGAGAUGAGAAUGACUGGGAAUUCUCGUCUGUCUCGUCGAAACUCUGUGUUAAGCAAUCAACCCCUCUCCGUUGGCAAUAAAAGAAAUACAUUGACCCAUAUGGGAAGUUCAGAGAGUAUUAACGCUAACGGUGGUAAAAAUAUACUGCGAAAGAAAAACAACAAGACAGACGUUGAAGAAGGUUCAGACCACGGCAGUCGACCCGUCAGUAGAACCGGGUUUGCAAUGUAAUAUACCUUAAUGCCAAAUAAAAGUAUUAUAUUCAAAAAUAUGUCAACUUAUAAUUAUGGGGCUUUUGCUCUAAAAUAGGAAAAAAUGGUGGUACAUAAGAGGGAGUUCAGUGUUUCUCAUACCCUGUGCAAUGCAGUGCAGAGUUAUAGAGACGAAGUUCUCUUUUAAAAAGCGAAGUCGAACUGAUGCAACAUGAAUGUUUCUCAUAUUGGCAUGUUACCGGCAGCUCCACCACUUGUUAUAUUUAACAGGGUAUCUCCAUGACUCAAUAUUUCAAACGUCUUCCUGUAAAUUUACAAUAUUGUGCCUCAACUUUACACCCUUUCCCGACAGCUUCAUAAAUUAAUACGGAACUUGCCAUUGCCGUACACAUACCUCAGUACGUAGUCUGAGACGUCGUGCAUAUUCUGUGGCGGU